AUGCUUUGGCUCUUGGCGUUGGCGCUGCAGGCCGCCGGCGUUAGCCUCGCGUACGCCAUGCAGCACUACCCGUCGGGCUGGGGCCAUUACGACGUGUGCAAGUCCCAGAUCUACACGGAGGAGGGACUGGCCUGGGACUACAUGGCAUGCCAGCCCGAAGCCACGGACAUGACAAAGUACCUGCGCGUGACCCUCGACCCGCCCAACAUCACGUGUGGAGAUCCGCCCGAAACCUACUGCGCUUUGGAGAACCCCUACAUGUGCAAUAACGAAUGCGACGCCUUGACCGAGGAGCUGGCCCAUCCCCCGGAGCUCAUGUUUGACUUCGAGGGCCGCAACCCCACCACCUUCUGGCAGUCCACCUCCUGGAAGAAGUACCCCAAACCCCUGCAGGUCAACAUCACCCUCUCCUGGAACAAGACCAUAGAACUCACCGACGAUAUAGUCCUGACCUUUGAGUCCGGACGCCCCGAGCAGAUGGUGUUGGAGAAGUCCCUGGAUUAUGGGCGCACCUGGACCCCCUAUCAGUUCUACGCCACCGACUGCCUGGACGCCUUCACGAUGGAGCCCAAAACUGUGAAGGAUCUAACACAGCGCACCCUGCUGGACAUCAUCUGCACUGAGGACUAUUCCAGAGGUUACGUUUGGAAGAAUGAUAAAACGGUUCGAUUUGAGAUAAAGGAUCGGUUUGCGUUGUUCGCUGGGCCCAGGCUUCACAAUAUGGCGUCGCUUUAUGGGCAGCUGGAUACCACCAAGAACCUGAGGGACUUCUUCACCAUCACAGACCUGCGGGUGAGGCUGCUCAAGCCCGCCACCGGAGCCACCAUGGUGGAUGAGAACAACCUGUCCAGAUACUUCUACGCCAUCUCCGACAUCAAAGUGCAGGGCAGGUGCAAGUGUAACCUCCACGCCAACAGCUGUGUGUUUGACAAAGGGAAACUGGGGUGUGAGUGUGAACACAACACCACGGGGCCCGACUGCAGCCGCUGUAAGAAACACUACCACGGGAGGGCCUGGAGUGUGGGCUCCUACCUGCCCAUCCCCAAAGGGACCGCCAAUAUAUGUAUCCCCAGUAGUCACGGACCAGUGCAUCGGGGUAAUGCUUCGUCUCUCGGUGUUGCAAAUCGAAACCAAGCUCGAGUUUGUGACAACGCCAUGCUCCGCUGUCAAAAUGGCGGCACGUGUCAGCAUCACCAGCGCUGCCUCUGCUCGCCAGGCUUCACGGGCAUCUUGUGUGAGCGCGCCCGAUGCCAAGGCCCGGGGGAGUGUGACGACCAGCUCUCCGGACAGGCUUUUUCCCAUCAUGCAUCGCAGCUGGCUUCUGCCCUCCUAGCACUACUGCUAACGAUCGCUGUCCUUUGCUGA